UCAGCAGUGAGCUUUUUGCAAGAUAUCUUUUGAUCCAAUACCACAGUUGUCUAAAGCAGUGCCUCUCAAAGUAAAGUCUGGUGACCUCCAGGGUCUGUGAAUUAUUGAUUGAUUUUACUGAUUUGAAUAAGUUUAAUACAAACAACAAUAACUCCAAAAACAUGUACAACUACCAAUAAUGUCAACAUGGACCUAAAGUGUUUUGUCUGUGGAAAGUUGAGUAAUAGAAAGCGCCAAGGCUCUAAUAAAUGUUUUCACUAUAUUAUUGUACAAAGUAUUAUUGAAAUAAUGGUCAUAAAAUAAAUCUUAACUGAGGGGUUCCGUCGGGUUUAUUCUACAGUUUAAAGGGUUCCUUGCUAUAAAACAUUUGAGAACCCCCUGCUCUAUUUGUGAACAGAUUUCGCCCCACCCCCUCCGUACGUGAUGACGUAUUACGCACACGCUGUACGUGCUGACGCUCCACGCUGGACUUCCUGCUACUUUAAAGCAGCGGCAAUUACAGUUGAACUCUAACACUCAGUGACAUGUGAAAGAAAGGCAGUGUAGUGUGUAUACCACUCACUGAUAAACGCACCCGACAUGGCUCUUUCUAAAAAUGCGUCCGUCGAAGGUUUUCCCAGUGAUUUUGCAUGGGGAGCUGCAACAGCUGCUUACCAAAUCGAAGGGGGCUGGGAUGUGGACGGUAAAGGCCCCAGCAUAUGGGACACUUUUUGCCACAGUAAAGGACGAGUGUUUGAGGAUCACACUGGAGAUGUGGCCUGUAACAGCUACCAUCUUUGGGAUGAGGACCUGAAGUGUAUCCACCAGUUAGGUCUCACACACUAUCGUCUGUCCUUCUCCUGGUCACGGUUGCUUCCUGAUGGAACCACACGUUUGGUCAACCCACAAGGUGUAGCAUACUAUAACAAAGUGAUUGAUGACCUAAUUGCCAACGCUAUUAUGCCCAUGGUCACCCUGAACCACUUGGACUUGCCUCAGGCUCUGCAGGACCGUGGUGGAUGGAAAUCUCCAGAGAUUGCAGAUGUUUUUGAUUCGUAUGCUCAGUUUUGCUUUAAGACUUUUGGGGACAGGGUGAAGCUUUGGAUUACAGUGAAUGAGCCUUAUGUGUGCGCUAAAUUUGGGUAUGAGAAUGGCCUUUUUGCCCCAGGCCUUAAAGAACCAGGGACCUCCAUCUACCUCGUAGGUCACAAUUUGCUGCGUGCCCAUGCUAGAGCCUGGCAUAGCUAUAAUGCCAACUUCAGAUGUCUGCAGGGAGGAAAGGUGUCCAUAGCUCUUAACAGUGACUGGGUUGAACCUUUAAACCCAUGCUCUCCUGAAGAUGUGGCUGCCAGCCAGCGAUACAUGGACUUUAACCUGGGCUGGUUUACUUGCCCAGUGUUUGGCACAGGGGACUAUCCAGAGUAUAUGAGGAGCAGGAUUGAAGCCCAGAGCCGUGAACUAGGAUAUACUGAGGGGCAGCGCUUGCCUAAGUUUUCAGAGGAUGAGCCCAAGCCCUUAGGCACAGCAGAUUUCUUUGCACUGAACUACUAUACAUCACGCAAAGUGAAGGACACCAGCUCUCAUCCCAGUGAGUGCAGUUUCGCAGGGGACCAGGGAGCGGAGGCUAUAAUAGAUCCAUUAUGGCCAGUGUGUGGCGUGUCCUGGCUUGCUGUCGUGCCUGAAGGAUUGCGCAAGUUGCUAAAAUACAUAAAGGAGACUUGCAACAACCCUGCCAUUUAUAUCACUGAAAAUGGCUUCUCACAGAUUGGUCCUGUUGAAUUUGAAGACAUUGAUCGCUGCCAGUUUUAUCAAGAUACACUUCAGCAAGUAUCAAAAGCUAUCACAGAUGAUGGAGUGAAUGUGAGAGGAUAUUUCGCCUGGUCACUUCUGGAUAACUUUGAGUGGUCAGACGGCUUCAGUGUGAGAUUUGGCCUCUUCCAUGUGGACUUCUCCAGCGCUAAGCGAAAGCGCACAAUGUACCGCUCUGGAAGAGAGUAUGCGGCUGUAAUAAAAAGACACUGCACCUAUACCAAGCUGGACAACUGAAAUCAGCACUCUGAGAUCUAUACUUGCUGCUACAUUUUUUAACACUGAAUAGUAGCAGCAACAACAAACAUAUAUAUAUAUAUAUAUAUAUAUAUAUAUAUAUAUAAGUGUGUGUGUGUGUGUGUGUGUGUGUGUGAGAGAGAGAGAUGUUAUAUAUGUGUAAAAAUAUAGGAAAGUCAUUACAUGAGGUUAAGAGCAGAAAGCGGUAGUUAAAAGAGGUUGAACUGUUCCCAGGUAUAGAUUGUGCUUGAUGGUUAAAUACAUGAUAGAUCAGUUAUAUAUUGACAUCUACACGCUGUACAAAUUAGGGAAGAAGUUUGACAAGUUUAAUAAAUUACAGCUUUGGUAUUAUUUUAAUUAAAUCUAACAUAUGAAUGAGAGGGAAAGGUUGAGACAGGCCAGAGCUACACUGUUCAUAUUUUGUUGAUGAACACUGCCACAUCGUGGUGCAAAAAGGUAUCACAUGCACAGAUGAUUUCAGUUACAGCAGAGUGUCUUAGGAACUAGCACCGUGCUGCACUUGGAUGAAAAGGAGAUGUUUACCACAAGUAUCAUUUAGCCUAAUGUAAUGUGGCUGUGUUAAUGUUUUAAUCUGAUAAAAUAUUUUGGAUGUUUAUUACUGUAAAAGUUAAUUUACUUCAAGAAAUUCACUUCUCUUCAGGAGUAAUUGCAAGCUUUUAAACAUGGAUUUUUGAAUAAAGAGUUCCAAAUUAUAACUUCAACAUUAAUGAUA